AUGCCACACGUUGAAGUACUCCCCAACUCCACAGCCACGGUGGCACCCGGCUGGACCUAUGUUGUAGAUACUGGCUACGACCCCUCCAAAGUUGCUAUCAACCCGAAAAACAAGAAGCGCGCUGCCGCCGCACCCUCUGGCGCCCGUGGCGAAAACGAGCUCUCUGCACGCCAACAAACGGCUAUCGCGCGGCGCAUCGCAGAGUUAGAACGGGACAAUGAUCCAAAGCAGGUGAUUCCAGUACCGGGGAAGCAGGACGUACCCAAGACGCAGAACGCGCGGAGGAUUAUACAGUAUCAGAGGCAGAUCAAACACUGGCUUGACGAUGAAGAAGCGCAACUGGGACAAUUAACCGCCACGACUUCGAGGAUUGCAGGGACGGUCGCAAGGGGUGCUGUCAGCGCAAGUAGGAGACAGAGCAUCUUCACAUCUGCAUCUGGGCUAGCCACGCCAGCCACGCCCGUGGAAACCACACCAGGACCGAGCACGGCACACCAACUCGACAGCAGCCACUUUAGCGACGAUGCGCUUCUCUCGGUUGACGAGCGAAUGCCGCCCCCGCUGGACCCGAAUGAGCUCGAAACGUUGCUUUCUUCCCCCCCGUUGUCGUAUGCUGCGAGCCAUGCUGCGCCUCCGCCUGCAGGGGCACCGCCGCUACGCCAAUUCUGCGAUAACUGUGGGUAUUGGGGUAGUAUUAGGUGUAGAAAAUGUGGGGCGCGGUUGCUAUUUGGACUCCCCACUGAGCCAACAACGUCUCCCGCCCUGCUCUGGUACACUCGUCGUACCUUGUGGCCCGACGAAAUGUCCAUCUUCCCUAUAUGCGCCGUUUUGGUCGUCCAGCCUGGGAUGGAACGCGGCGAGAACACGCGCACCUACUUCGAGACUGACACCACCCCAUCGGCGUCCGUCACUCAACAUGUCUUGGGGGCGGAGCGGGCUUGCAUGUUUGGCUGCAAUGGUGGAACCGAAGGUCGCCUUGGGAUUAUGUGA